AUGUAUCAAGAUGCGGUUGAAGCAGACUUGAUGUAUCAAGAUGCGGUUGAAGCAGACUUGAUGUAUCAAGAUGCGGUUGAAGCAGACUUGAUGUAUCAAGAUGCGGUUGAAGCAGACUUGAUAUAUCAAGAUGCGGUUGAAGCAGACUUGAUGUAUCAAGAUGCGGUUGAAGCAGACUUGAUAUAUCAAGAUGCGGUUGAAGCAGACUUGAUGUAUCAAGAUGCGCAAUUUGAGAAUUUCUUGACGGAAGAAUACGAGCGAGCCACAAGGUUGCGUGGACCUGAGGCGACAGCUGAACAAUUCUACGAGUUAUCAAAGGUGACUGUAUCAGACCUUUUGAGGCCUUCGAAGCAGGCCGCAUGGAUAUCGCAGUCAGCUUCACCAAGACGUAGAAAGAGCGCGGAUUGUUUGCAUCGAGUCAAGGCCUUUCAAGCCGAUGGAUUGAAGAAGAGCCUGCUUAACGUGGAACCCACCUUGUUCCCCCUCAUUCGCUUCAGAGGGCUGGACGAGAAGGAAGAGAAGAUCCCGAAGGCUCCGCAUCCCCUCCUGCUGUCGCUGCGGUCUAUGAACUCCAUGACGAAUUUUCCUCCAUGGGAAUGCAAUGGGAACGACAUGCGCGAAGACUAUGCGUUCGAGAAAGAGGAGUGCGAAUUCGUCAUGGGUCCUUACAGCAGCUUCAUCCAUGCUUGA